AUGAGAAUUAGCGAAUAUACUUCGGUACCUUCAAAAGACAUUGAUAAUGAACGUAAUGAAAGUACUGUUGUGAGUGAGCCUGGUGAAACUUCUGUACCUUUGUGGGUGCAAGGGACUGAUUCUCCACCAGAGCCUGAAGACGACACUUAUGGAGCAAUGGAAGAAGAGGAGCAUGAAAUUAUGCUUAAAGAAAGAGGGGAAGACGAUACUGUAGUUGAUAUGGGUGAAAAUUGGAACGGUGCCGAUUAUUCAAAGAAUAACAAAAACGACAGAUCAAUUCUUCCAUGUCUACUCAUUACCGCUGUUUUUAUAAUCGCGUGGGUCAGUUGGACAAUCAUACACGAACUUUAUCGUACUGAGAAUAUUUCUUCUUCGAGUACUUUAUCAAAUCGUAUACAAUUUGAUGAUAUAUACAAUGGAACUUUUUAUCCCCAAUGGACUGCAUUGAAAUGGAGUUCUGCUGGUGGUGAUGAUGGUGUAUUCAUUUAUCAAGAUAGUGAUAAUAAUAUUAUUUUGGAAAAAGUAUCUGACAACUCGAAAAAAACAUUGGUGAAAGGCAGAGAAAUUGUCGAU